AUGCCCAUGGCUUACGGCUCUGAAGCGAGAAACGCCCUUCCGGUUCUCUUCAGCGGCUUUGUCUCCCCGAACUUUGGAGCUCUGGUCCACUUGACUCCUGAAGGUCGGGCGACUCGCGAUCCAGGAGACACAGGCAUCGAGAGAAGCAGCGCGACAAGGAGGCGCGGGCAUGUCGAGCAGGGCAACAAGAACAGCUAUCAU